AGCGGAUGCUCAGGUGAAAAGUGGUUUGAAGUUUGAGGAAGAGAAAUAAGGGAUGUAUCACCUAGACUAUUUUUUCCACUGUGAAGACUGCCCAAGCAUCUCAGUUUUAUCUGAAUGUGGCAGUGAACCAGCUGUUCUUUGACCUUACAAGGCAUUGAACAAGAAAGAGGAAAUGAGCUAGUUGGUUAAAUGGCAUGAUUCCCCAUAAACCACCAGCUUAAUGCUACUGCUGGCAGAGCAUUCAGGGGCUGGCGAUUAAGAAAAAGAUUUUAUGUUUUUGUCACUGGAGUGAGAGGUCUGCAUCAGUCAGUUUACCAAGGAACCAUUGCGCAGCAGACGAUGAUGGACAUGAUGUGGAUUUAUGCCAUAAUUAUCCUCACAUUGCCUGAAGCAUGGGGCCAAGAACCAGUUGUCAGAAUUGUAUCUUUCAACCAAGGAAGUGAUGUUAACCUGACAUGCAGCAAUAAGACGUGGAAGGACACCAUGUUUGUUACCUGGCACAUAAAGCUGAUAAACAAACAGUGUAUGAUAGCCUUACUGCCUGGUACCCAAACUGUGGACUCCUGCAAUGAUGGGAAGUCACUUCAAAACACAUCCAGCUUCCAGUCGUACCUGCACAUCACAAACUUCUCAAAGACAGAUGAGGGGGCCUACAAAUGUGUGUCGCCUUACAACGGAGGGAUAUUAGAAACGAUUUAUGAUGUGGCUGUGACAGUCCCUCCCAGUGUAUCUCUGUGGUUGGAACACUUGGACAACCAGGUAGUGGCAGUGUGCAGAGCUGAAAGAGGAUUUCCAGCUGCCAGUAUCACCUGGCAUUAUGCAGGGAAAACAUCUACUGAGGAGAUACUUGACAGCAACGAACUUUUCACAGCUGAAAGUCGUGUGCUGCUCCUCGAGGGAAUGCACCCAGGAAACCUGAGCUGUGUUAUCAGGCACCCAUGCUGGGAAGAGGAAAGGAUUUUCUUUCUUAAAAUGAGAGAAGUUCCCACAGAUCCUUGGCUCUACAUCCGCAUUGUCCUGGUUAUCGCCUUGAUUUUGUCAGGAUUUGUUUUCUCCAUAAUAAUGGAACUGAAAAGGCGACACCAGCAGUCCGACAUCGAACCAUCCAAGUCCUGAAGGUCAACUUUCCUUUCUGUGAGGCCUCAGUUUCUCUGCUUUUCUCUGCACAUCAUUUAACAAUGUGCAUGAAAGUCUUGAUAUUGUCAAAUGGAGCAUGUGGGGAAUGAUCUAUAGAGCUCUCCUGCCAUCUACUGUUGGAGAUCAGAACAUCAUGAGCUCUUUAACAGUUAGAUGUCUAAGUUAAAGUUGUUUUAAAACAGCGGGAAUUUUCUCCAGGACCUAGGAACUUUUCAGGAACUCUACUUUUUGGCUGCAGUAACCAGGGUCUAAAUUUCCCUCUAGGGUUGGAAAUCCAGCCCUUGAAAAGUCCCUGCUCUCUGGCCUCGGUCAGGUUCAGAAAUGAGGGAGCCUUUCAGAGGAGAGACAAAAAGUCCUCAAGAACUUUAACCAAGUCCAGCAGUCCUGUUUGGAUCAAGCAUUGAAGAACCAUGUCCUUGAUGACAGAGCCCCUACACAGAUGUUUGAUAAAUUUCACUAGCAGAUUAGAGACUUUAAGGUCCCCCAACCAGACUCCUUCAGUCAAAUACUGUAUCUAUUAUAAAGGUGUAAAUCACUAACUUAGCAAAGUAGAUGGCUUGACCAGAUUCCAGUCCUAAUGAUCUAAAAUCACAUAAUAAUGUUAAUUUGCUUUGUCUUCCUGAAACCUGGUUGUGUCAGGAUGCCUAAUUUGCACAAAUGUCUGCAGGAUUUAGACUCUGAAUCGAUAGAACCAAUCCAGGAUAGGCUAAAUGUCAGAGUUAGAUUCUGCCAAUAAACUGUUG